AUGGACAAAGAACAGGACCCUAUCGAAUCCCAAACCGAUGUACUCAUCGUCGGCGCCGGUCCAUCCGGCCUGAUGGCAGCCUACUGGAUGGCCCGCUUUGGAGUCAACGCACGUAUCAUCGACAAGCACGAGACAGAAGUAUUCGUAGGCCACGCAGAUGGGCUUCGUCAACGCACACUGGAAUUAUUCGAUAGCAUGGGUUUCCAACAUCGUGUCCUUCAGGAGGGGUCUAUAUCCUUCGAGGCGAACAUCUGGGUCCCCGGUCCACAGGGAAAGAUUAUACGACACGGUAUAAUGAACAUUGGCAAGGUCGAUGAAUCGCCCUUUCACAAUACACGGUUGAACCAGGGUCGCCUUGAACGAUUCAUGCUUGAUAGUAUUCGGGAGACCUCUGACCUUGAAGUGGAGCGGAGUGUGCUCGCGGAGUCUUUGGAAUACGACGAGAACUUGGAGAAUGACCCAAAUGCGUAUCCCAUUACGGUCCAGGUUCGGGUUCGCAGCAAGGAUGAGUCGAAUCCCUCCAGUGGACGGAAAAGCGCAGCUGAAUCCGAGAGCACCCGCAAUGGGAUACUCCCUGAUAAACGCACUGGUCUGGUCGAGCACAGGAAACCAACAAAGACGAAGGUCGAGACGAUCAAGGCUAGGUACCUGAUCGGUUGUGAUGGUGCCCACAGCUGGACCAGAAGACAGCUGGGUAUCCCCACCGAAGGCUCCGACACGGACCACAUCUGGGGCGUGGUAGAUGUGGUACCACUCAGCGACUUCCCGGACGUCCGCCGCGUAUGCGUCGUAACCAACGCCGCCGGCACGAUCCUCGUAAUUCCUCGCGAGCGCAACCUAGUCCGCUUCUACGUCCCCGUUCAAGUCUGCGAAGCCGGCGCAACCGACCGCUUCGACCGCUCAACAAUAACGCCAGACGUCAUCCGAUCACGCCUCCAAGCCAUCCUUGCCCCCUACUCCUUCGACUUCAAGAUAUGCGAUUGGUGGACGGCAUACCAAGUCGGACAGCGAAUCGCGACGCAGUCAACAAAGGGAAACCGGAUCUUCCUUGCCGGCGACGCUGUUCACACACACUCGCCGAAGAUGGGUCUCGGCAUGAACAUGAGCAUGCAAGAUGGGUUCAACAUCGGGUGGAAGAUUGCACUUUCUGUGGCUGGAGCGCUUAGACCUGAUGUUUUGCAGACCUAUGCAUUGGAGAGACAUCCGCUUGCUGAAAUGCUGCUCGAUUUUGAUCGGCAUUGGUCGCCUAUGUUUACCGAGCGGAAGGAUAAUGUGUCGGAUGCAAAGGCUAAGGAGAUAGCUGCUAUUGCGGGGAUGUUUGAGGACUUUGCGGAUGGGUGGAAGGUGUUUUAUCCGCCUAGUUGUCUGGUUUGGAAGAGUGAGGGUCAGGAUGAUGGGCCUCCAUUUGCCAGGCACAUGAUUCCCGGGGAAAGGGUGCGGCCUGCUAAGAUCCGCAAUCAGGCUGAUGGCGUUACACAGUGGACGACGCGGGUCUUGGAGAGUGAUGGACGGUUCCGGAUUCUUGUUUUAGCUGGGGAUGUGCUGAAUCCUAUGCAGAAGAGACGCGUUGAGAUCUUGGGACAGGUCCUGGCAGGGAAGUCGGAGUUGGGUGCUUCGCCUUUGGACCGAUAUGUGACGGUACCUGGGCGAUUCAAGAGCCUUGUGGAUGUAUUCACCGUUCACACUUCCCCGUGGAAAGAGGUGGAGUUCUUUGAUUUCCCGGAGGCUCUGCGUCCCUUCGACCAAUUCCAAGGGUGGGCAUAUAGCAAGAUCUGGUGUGAUGGUCCCUGUGAUGUCGAUAGAUAUUGUGAUGGAGCUGCAUAUGAGAAGUGGGGUGUGGACCGAGUUCUUGGAGCGCUGGUGGUUAUUCGCCCCGAUCAAUACAUCGGAUGGGUCGGUGAACUUGGAGAUGUGGCGGAACUAACGCAGUACUUGGACGGAGUCCUUGUCAAAAAGCCAACCGAUGGGGCCAAGCUACCUGCAGAGAAUCUCAAGAUCGAGGAGGGCUACGCAGCAGAGUAA